CGGUCAGCGAGCAAUAACCAAUAACGCUACAAAGCCUAACCGAUCUCAUCCUUAUCCGAAACCCCACCGACCUCCUCCUACGCUGAUCUCACGCUCUCCGAAUCCCCCCUAUAAAAUCCACGCCUGAGUCCCGAUCCAUCGGCGCACAGCAUCACGGUUGCUUCGGGCUUGACGGAGAGCUGCAGGCGAGGAGGAGGAGGCGUUCGCGAAAAUGUCCGACAUAGCUCUUCUGGUGGCCGAGGACUACGAGGAGAGGAGGAGGAGGAGCAAGGGGUGGGAGAAGGAGGAGAAGCGCGUCCGCUUCUUGGCUACCUUCUCUGCCAUGGAGGUGGCGAGGAAGACGGCGGCGAUGGCCUUGAAGGGUGUGCGCCGGGCGGUGGAGCCGAGGAGCUCCGUCGGGUCCGCCGCCUCCGACGGGAUCUUCUCCGCUUAGUGGAUCCAUCGUGGAAUUCAAAAUCCAAAUCUGGUUUUGAAAGGGGGAAAAAACAGGAGACGUGUAAAUAUUUCUAUGUUUCUGAUGUAAAAAAUAUGGAACAUAAAGCGGAAUAAUUGCGGUUAAUUUAAAUAAAAAGAAGAAAUCAGGGAUGUUAUCGGAUCCGGAUUUUACCCGAAUCGCCCUUUUACAUAGCAGAGAGACAAGAGAGCGGAUACCUCACAAAAUGGUACCCCUCCGUCGCCUACUCUGCGCCGCCGCCGCCGCCCGCCCCUUCUCCUCUGUGGCGCCCGAGGCCCGCACGCAGAGGAUCCAGCAGAUCGCCGAUGAUCUUCUUUCCCUGACGGAGGAGGAGCGCAAGGACUACUCUAUCCUGUUCCGUCUCCGCCUCGGACUCCACAAUCUGGUGCAGUCCGGCGCCGGGCUGCCCUCCGCUGCGCCGGGUCAGGCGGCCGAAGCUGCGAGCGUGGUCGAGGAGAAGGAGAAGACUGCGUUCGACAUUAAGCUGGAGAAGUUCGACGCGGCGGCCAAGAUCAAGGUCAUCAAGGAGGUGAGAACGUUCACCGAUUUGGGGCUGAAAGAGGCCAAGGAGCUGGUGGAGAAGGCCCCCGUCGUGCUCAAGACCGGGGUGACAAAGGAGGAGGCGGAGGCGAUCGCUGCCAAACUCAAGGCGGUCGGCGCCACUAUCGCGCUGGAGUAGAAACAUAAGUCAAGGUCUCAAUUUUACACCAUUUUCAUGUUCAUUAUUGCCUAUCUUCAGCAAGGAAACUGGUCGAACUAAUUGAAUGCAUUUUUUUUUUCGAGCACAAACUAAAAGACUUGAUUCUGUUGGCCUGUUCUCAGUUUUCUCCUAAAACAUAGUCCUUCAGUGUAGAAUCAAUGGUUGCUGCAAGUUCAUUAUCUUGUUUUAGCUAAAGUGACACUAAUUGGUAUUUUAAUCUAAGAACUAAGCUUCUGUAUUGUUCA